UCUCAUUUCAGUCAGCCGAGAAGAUUCUGGAACUUACUCCUGUGCUGUGAAAGGAAAAGACAACCUCAUCAGUUCUUCAUUACCCGUAGAUGUCAGAUGUAUGUGCACAAAUUCACUCUCUGCAGUGUUUAAGUCACACAAAUGCGAUGAAAAUGACAUGUGCUUUCUUCACAGAUCCUCCAGAGAAUACUUCAGCAUACGUUUGUCCUCCUGGUGAAACAUCAGAAGGCAGCUCGGUGACCCUGGUGUGCAGCAGUGAUGCCAACCCACCCGUGCACACAUACACCUGGUACCAGAAGACCAGGACUGGACAUGUGUGGAUAGGAUCAGGAGGACAGAAUUACACCAUCACCAACGUCAGCUCUGAACACAGUGGGGACUACUACUGCAGUGCUAGAAACAUGCUUAAUGGAGCUAUUUCUGCCAUGUUAAAACUAGAUGUAAAAUAUCCCCCAAGGAGUCCUCAAACUGUUCUCCGUCCCGCUGGUGAUCUAGUGGAGGGCAGCAGCAUGACUCUGACCUGCAGCAGUGAGGCCCACCCGCCCGUGCACACAUACACAUGGUACCGGGGGAGAGGGGCUGACAGCAGGAGGGUAGGAGGAGGACAGAACUACAGCACGUCAAACAUGACUUACGGACACAGUGGGGAGUACCACUGUCAGGCAGAAAAUCUCAAAGGGUCGAGGAAUUCCACAACUGUCUUUGUAGAUGUUUUAUAUCCCCCCAGGAACGUCUCUCUGUCUGUCAGCUCUGUUGAUGGUUCCAUCACUCUGACCUGUACCAGCGAUGCCAACCCACCAGUGCAGAACUACACCUGGCACAGGACGACUGGAGCGGACACCUCACCGAGAUUCAUGGAGACGACUGGAGCGGACAGCUCACAGAGAGGCACAGGGAGACGUUUAACACUGGAAGCAGCAGAAAGUGGGAUUUACUAUUGUGAGGCCAUGAAUGAAGUAGGAGCAUCCAGGUCCAACCUGCUCCCCAUAUCAGAGAAAUAUACUGCUGGGAAGUAUGCAGUGGUUGUUGUAAUCGUGGCAAUUGGAGCGCUUAUUGUUAUUUCCAGUAUUUGGUUGAGCAGAAAGAAACAUCUCAGGGUAACUGAAAUCACAGAGGGCACGGACGACAGUGAACAGGAUGGCUCAAGUCCCGUGUAUGUCAAUGUUUCAAGAAUGGCCAUGGCCUCUGACCCCAAGAAGGACAGAGCAGACACCGAGAAUGAAAUCCUCUACAGCAGUGUGCAUUUCAAACAACGUGACAAACAGGAAGUGUCUUUUAACUCCACACUCCAAAACCCAAAGCUCCACCCACCAGAGGAUGACAAUGAAGCAUUGUACUGCACAGUUAAAUUCCAUCAACCAUGACACGAGCUGCAGAACAUGACCA